ACCCGUGUCCCCUGGCCCACCUUGGGUGGGGCAGGACUCCGAGUCACCUGCACCAGUGAUGCCUUUAGGAUCGCCUACACCGAAUCCACGAGAUGUGUUACGGCUCGCGCCUUCCCCCACAAAUCAAGGCUUUGAUCGCAAGGCAGUUAAAUGUCUUUCAGCUGGAGGGAAAGGACGUGAAUGCUCCUGCUUGCACAGCAGGACGGGGCAGCUCCUCCUUAGAAGGAUCGUGAGGACUUUUCCAAUCCAAAAGAGACGCGGAGCAGGGGAGUUGGCCGCCCGCCCAGGAGCCCGGCUGGGGCAGACUGACCCCUAGCGGCUGCGCGGGCUCCCGGCACUGCCUGGACCCAAGAUGGCGGGGCUGGAGUUGCAGACAUUCCAAGUUCCACCCCAUUUCACCAGCCCCCAGGACCUGAGCAGUGGCCUGGCCAUUGCCCACGUGCUGAACCAGAUAGACCCCUCCUGGUUUAACGAAGCAUGGCUCCAGAGCAUCUCAGAGGAUCCAGGUCCCAACUGGAAGCUGAAGGUCAGCAAUCUGGAAAAGAUCUUACGGAGCCUGCUGGAGUACUCUCAGGAUGUCUUGGGGCAUCCAGUGUUGGAACCGCACCUCCCGGAUGUGAGCCUGCUUGGCCAGUUCUCAGACCCGUCGGAGCUGGGCAAGCUGCUACAGUUGGUGCUGGGAUGUGCAAUCAGUUGCGAGAAAAAGCAGGAGCACAUCCAGAGAAUCAUGACACUGGAGGAGUCAGUUCAACAUGUAGUGAUGGAAGCCAUCCAGGAGCUCAUGACCAAAGACACCCCUGACUCCCUGUCGCCAGAGACAUAUGGCAACUUUGACACGCAGUCCCGCAGGUACUACUUCCUGAGUGAGGAGGCCGAGGAGGGGGAUGAGCUCCAGCAGCACUGUCUGGACCUUGAGCGGCAGCUGGUACUCCUGUCCGAGGAGAAACAGAGCCUGGCACAAGAGAAUGCAGUGCUUCGUGAGCGAGUGGGCCGGCCAGAGGCUGAGGGUACCCCAGGUCUCACAGCCAAAAAACUGCUGUUGCUCCAGUCCCAGCUGGAACAGCUACAAGAGGAGAACUUCAGGCUGGAGAGCAGCCGGGAGGAUGAAAGGCUUCGGUGCACAGAGCUGGAGCGAGAGAUCACCGAGCUGCAGCAGCGGAACCAGGCGCUGACCAGCCUGGCCCAGGAGGCGCAGGCACUGAAGGAUGAGAUAGAUGAGCUUCGGCAAUCCUCGGAGCGCGCAGGGCAGCUGGAAGCCACCCUGGACAGCUGCCGUCGCCGUCUGGGCGAGCUGCAGGAGCUGCGGCGACAGGUGCGGCAGCUGGAGGAGCGCAAUGCGGGCCACGCGGAGCGCACGAGGCAGCUGGAGGACGAGCUACGCAGGGCCGGCUUGCUGCGUGCCCAGCUGGAGGCACAACGGAGGCAGGUUCAGGAACUGCAGGGCCAACGACGAGAGGAAGCCAUGAAGGCUGAGAAGUGGUUAUUUGAGUACCGCAACCUGGAAGAAAAGUACGAACUGGUGACAAAGGAGAAAGAGCGGCUGCAGGCUGAGCGGGACUCCCUGCGAGAGGCCAACGAGGAGCUACGCUGCACCCAGCUGCAGCCGCGGGGGUUGACUCAGGCUGACCCCUCGCUGGACCCCACCCUGUCGGGCCUGGAGAAUUUGGCAGCGGAGAUCCUGCCUGCAGAGCUCAGGGAAACGCUCCUGCGGCUCCAGCUGGAGAACAAGCGGCUGUGCCAGCAGGAGGCGGCGGACCGCGAGAGGCAGGCGGAGCUGCAGCGCCAUCUGGAGGAGGCUAACCGUGCGCGUCACGCGCUGGAGACACAGCGGAGGCUGAACCAGCAGCAGCUGUCGGAGCUGCGGGCCCAGGUGGAGGACUUGCAGAAGGCCCUGCAGGAGCAGAGCGGCAGGAGCGAGGACGCCAUCCCCGCCCUACUGAAGAGGAAGCUGGAGGAACAUCUGCAAAAAUUGCAUGAGGCAGACCUGGAGCUGCAGCGAAAGCGAGAGUACAUUGAGGAGCUGGAGCCCCCCACAGAUAGCAACACAGCCCGGCGCAUUGAAGAGCUGCAAGAGAGCCUGCAGAAGAAGGAUGCAGACCUUUGGGCCAUGGAGGAGCGGUACCGCCGCUACGUUGACAAGGCGCGCACAGUUAUACAGAUCCUGGAGCCCAAGCAGCGGCCACCUACAGGGGUGCCCCCAGAACUCCACACCCUGAGGACAAAGCUCCAGGAGCAGGACAUCCGAAUCCAGCACCUGGAGAUGGACUUUGAGACGAGCCGCAAUCAGCGGGAACAGGAGGAAAAACUGCUCAUCAGUGCUUGGUAUAAUAUGGGCAUGGCCCUGCAGCAGCGAGCUGGCGAAGAACGGGCACCUGCGCAUGCCCAGUCUUUCCUGGCACAGCAGCGGCUGGCCACAAACGCUCGCCGAGGACCCCUGGGCCGCCUGGCACCUCUGAGGCUUCGCCCCACUGACAAGCACUGACCACUUCGGGACCAAUGGCCUCCUCACCCGCCAGAAUUUAAUCCACCCUUGAAUGGCACCCAGCAUCAGGCCUUGGCCAACUGGGUGACAGGAUUGAACUGUGUAUUAUCUCUGCCCUUUGCUCCCCCAGAUUGGGGGUCAAGGAAGGGCAGGUAGCAGGGAUAGACUUUUGUUGUUUUAGCGAUGUGAUUCUUUUUUUUUUUGGUACCAUGGAUCGAACUCAGGAUCUUGUGCUUUCAAAGUAGGCACAAUGCCACUGAACUAAAUCCCCAGCUCUUUAGCAAUGUGAUUCUUAUCCUUGAUUCUGUCCCUGGAGACAUAGUAAUGUCCUAUCUGGGAAGAGCCUGAUUUUAUAUUUGAGAAAAUGAAUAAUAAAGAUUUUAAAUCUACCCUGGCUGGACACUCACCAAGAUGAGGGAGAGAAGAUGGAGCAGGGAUUCAGACUAUUGCUUUUGGACCAGGAAUUUAGCUCAGUGGUUCCACUGCCUGCUUCACAAGUGCAAGGUCCCGAGUUUAAUCCCCAGUACCAACAACAACAACAACAACAAACAAACAAAAAAACCCCAAAUACAGACAGUAUCUUUAUAUAUUC